CUUUCCUUUUUCUCCUCCUUCUUCUUCUUCGUGGAUCUGCCCUUCCAUUUACAGCUCUCACUUCCCCACUCAAUCCGUCGACCCUCUCCUUCCUAAUUGCCCCCUUAUUCUUCCCUUAUUUACCACCAUGCCCUCUCCAUAAUAGACAUUUGCAUUUCUCAUAAGGCCAAAACGAAAUAAUUGAUUUUUUUGCUGAAAGGGAGGAGGUUAGGGAAGCUCUUUAACUCGGGCAGUGUCAAGAUGCUGGAGAGGUGCCUCGGGACGCACCGAGUCCUUCGUAUUCACCGAGCGAUUCGCCAGGGAAAGCUUACCCUCCUUUGCCUCUUCAUGACCGUCGUCGUCCUACGUGGCAUCAUCGGCGCCGGUAAAUUUGGUACUCCAGAGCAGGACUUCAAUGAACUCCGCGAUCGUUUCUACGCCUCCCGCAAGCAUGCUGAGCCCCACCGAGUCCUCGUCGAAGCCCAACCCGCCGCCGAGUCAACUCAAAAUAACAACAAUAAUAACAACGAUCCAAACAAUUAUGCCACAUUUGAUAUUAAUAAGAUCUUGGUGGAUGAAGGGCAAGACGAGAAGCCGGAUCCGAACAAACCGUAUAGUCUCGGCCCCAAGAUUUCAGAUUGGGACGUGCAAAGAGCUGAGUGGUUGAGAAAGAACCCUAAUUUCCCCAAUUUUAUUGGACCAAACAAGCCGAGAGUGCUCUUGGUGACAGGAUCUUCGCCUAAGCCUUGUGAGAAUCCGGUGGGGGAUCAUUACUUGUUGAAGUCGAUUAAGAACAAGAUCGAUUAUUGCAGGCUUCAUGGUGUUGAGAUUUUUUAUAACAUGGCUCUGCUUGAUGCGGAAAUGGCUGGAUUUUGGGCGAAGCUUCCUUUGAUAAGGAAGCUAUUGCUCUCCCAUCCGGAGAUCGAGUUCUUGUGGUGGAUGGAUAGUGAUGCCAUGUUUACGGAUAUGGCAUUUGAGGUCCCUUGGGAGAGGUACAAAGAUUCCAAUUUUGUGAUGCACGGGUGGAAUGAAAUGGUAUACGAUCAGAAAAAUUGGAUUGGAUUGAAUACCGGAAGUUUCCUGUUGAGGAAUUGCCAGUGGGCAUUGGAUAUUUUGGAUGCCUGGGCGCCAAUGGGGCCUAAAGGGAAGAUUAGGGAAGAAGCUGGGAAGGUACUCACUAGGGAGCUGAAGGAUAGACCCGUUUUUGAAGCUGAUGAUCAGUCUGCAAUGGUUUUUCUAUUGGCUACACAGAGGGAUAAAUGGGGUGCUAAGGUUUAUCUGGAGAGUGCUUAUUAUUUGCAUGGUUAUUGGGGGAUUUUAGUUGAUCGAUACGAGGAAAUGAUUGAGAAUUAUCAUCCAGGUCUCGGUGAUCACCGGUGGCCACUUGUGACUCACUUUGUGGGUUGCAAGCCAUGUGGCAAGUUUGGUGAUUAUCCAGUGGAGAGGUGUUUGAAGCAGAUGGAUCGAGCUUUCAAUUUUGGAGACAAUCAAAUUUUGCAGAUGUAUGGAUUUACUCAUAAAUCACUUGCUAGCCGGAGAGUUAAAAGAGUGAGAAAUGAGACUAGCAAUCCACUUGAAGUGAAAGAUGAGCUUGGGUUGCUUCACCCUGCAUUCAAAGCUAUCAAGUUAUCAACAUCAUCUUAAGAGCUAAGGUGUAAAUUGUAAUAGCACGCAAGGAGAUUCUGAACUUGGAGAAGCUGUAUUGAAACUGCUGCAUCCAAUUCAUAAUGAAUUUCCAUCAAUUAAAUUGUUAUUUUCUACUAUUUAAAUUAUUAUCAAGAAGCAUUAGUUCUGCAAAUGUGGGAAAUUUACAGAUUGUCCCGUUCACGUUAGGCUGCUAGUUCCUUGUGUUUGAUAUGCCAUUGCUAAAUUAAUCAUAUACUCUCAAUAUUUUGUCGAAGUUAAA